AGAAUAAAGGGAGGUGGAUAACGAGGAGCUGUGUGAUGUGUUUUCUUUUGAACAUGAUCAUGUUCUUCUCAUUGAGUCCUCACUGGAAACAUCAAAUUAUAAAAACAUGGUCAGAGAUCAUGGGCUAGGGUUAUUUCCUGGUAGUGAAGACGUUUCCAUGGAGACAACCAGGAAGCUGAGGACAUAUACAGCUUCACGUCCAACCAGAAAAUCUUGAAAAACUGAUUCUGGAGAUGUGCCGAAGUUUAACGACAGGAGCCGAAAUGAUCCGACCGAAGACCACCCCUCCCCCUCCGUCUGUCAGCAUCCACGGAGGAAGAGGAUGAGCCCACCGCGCGCCGCUCUGUGACGGAGGAGCCGAACCAACCGGACUCCGGAUCAGAGCCGGAUCCCGGAGCGGUACCGGGCCCCGGAGCCGAGCCGGACUCGGUCCUCGGUCUGCCAUGCCGCUGGUGAAGCGGAUCAUCGAGCCCCGGUACCUGUGCCGUGGCGCUCUACCUGACGGGGUCGCCAGUGAGCUGGAAUGCGUCACCAACAGCACGCUGGCCGCCGUCAUCAAGCAGCUGGGAGGCCUCAGUCGUCAUGCGGAGGACAUCUUCACUGAGCUGUUCAUGGAGGCGAACAGCUUCUACCUGCGGAUGAACAACCUGCAGGAGAGGGUGGACCUGCUGGCGGUGAAGGUCACUCAGCUGGACUCCACCGUGGAGGAAGUUUCUCUGCAGGACAUCAACAUGAGGAAGGCUUUCAGGAGUAGCACCAUCCAGGAUCAGCAGGUGGUGUCACGGAGCUCCAUCCUCAACCCGGUGCUGGAGAUGUACCAGCACUGUGACAAGCCUCCACCCCUAAACAUCCUGACCCCCUACAGGGACGAUAAGAAGGACGGUCUGAAGUUCUACACCGAUCCAUCUUAUUUCUUCAACCUGUGGAAGGAGAAGAUGCUGCAGGCCACCGAGAACAAACGCAAGGAGAAAAGACGACACAAGGUCCUUCUACACCUCCAUCAUCAUCCAUCCAUCCAUCCAUCCAUCCAUCCAUCCAUCCAUCCAUCCACUGUGUUUCUUUGUUUCCAGGAGCAGAAGCAUGUGGAGGAGUCUUCAGGACGGGAUGUGAAGAAGGUUCGUAAAGCUCGGAACCGGCGGCAGGAGUGGAACCUGAUGGCGUAUGACAAGGAGCUCCGCCCAGAUGCUCGCAUGACGCCGUCUCCUUACCACACCUCUGAUGGCUCCAUCUCACCUGACAGGUCAGGGACAUCAGAUGACCCCCCCAGUCCACACCAUCUCCCCGGCCAUGAUGGGAAGGACCAUGUCACCAUGGCUACCAGUAGCAGCGGUCAGACUCAGUCAUUGGACCGCGGCCUUCGACCCACCUCUGCAUCCUCCUCGGUCACCGUGGCGACAGCCCGGCAGCACUCUCUGGGACGCAACCAGCCGCAUCAUCACCACCACCCGCCGCCGCUGCCUGGCUCAGCCAAUCAGAACGGAGCACGGAGCACCACUGCCAAGGAGGCCAAGUACACACAUCCACACACGUACAUAUACACACACACACAUGCACAGUCGCUGCUAACUUCGCCAUUUCUCUGCAGCGACAGUCAGAUCCCACCGGCUCCCCCGCUGCCCCCUCCGCUCGUCUUGUCGGCAGGACAGAUGGGGUUUCCCAGCAACGCCCUCAAUGCUGCCAUGGCAACACCACUGCACCCUGCAGCUGGUGCUGGUAACCAAGGUGGUUUCCUCUCUUGCCCUUACAGCCCCUCCCCUGCCCCUCCUCCCCCUGCCAACUAUGUCCCCUCCCGCCCCCCAGGCCAGGCCCCGCCCUCAACAGCUGCAGCACCGCCGUUGCCCCCGACCACAGAUGGCAAGAAGUCAUCUGGGAGUCUAAACGUGCCGAUGAACGACGCCCGCAGCGACUUGCUGGCGGCCAUACGCCGAGGGAUCCAGCUCAGGAAGGUCCAGGAGCAGCGUGAGCAGGAGGAAGCCAAGAAGCGAGAGCCCGCAGGAAACGACGUGGCCACCAUCUUGUCUCGGCGCAUCGCCGUGGAGUACAGCGAAUCAGAGGAGGAGUCUGAGCCCGAGGACCAGGAGUGGUCUGACUGAGGAUCCCGGAUCAGUCCAGAAACUGUUCCUGAUGACAACACCCAGAGCCAGAGCCAGAACCAGACCCAGAACCAGAACCAGAACCAGAGCCAAAGCCAGAGCCAGAGCCAGA